AUGUCAACCAGUGUAGCCAGAAUCUUGGAAAUUCAUGAAAUGAAGAUAACCACUCUCAUAUUGCUGACAGUGAUCACCUGUGUCAUUGCCAUUCCCGUUCCUCAACCCAUAACUGCUGAAGAAUUGGCAGCCAAUGCUUCUUCUGCUAUCCUUAAGGCUGACGAGACUUCCUCAACCUCUACUUACAGCACCCCUACUGCCACAAGGAGCGUUCCAGCCACCAUGGAAAUCCCAUCAGCCUCUCCAACUGUAUCAUCGACUUCAUCCACUUCCUCUGCAACUUCCGAGGGAACUUUUAGUAAAAUAGAAUCUUCGGUCGAGAGUUUUUUCAAAAAUCACUGGCUGGGAAUUCUUUCAGCUGUGAGUGAGCUUCGUUAG